ACAACGAUAAGAUGGGUGGUAAUCAGCCGAACGUGGUGGUUGUGUUUUGUGUGGCCGUCACUCUGCUGCUGAGGGGGACCAGGCCAGCCGAAGGAGCAAACAUCCUUUGUCUCUUUGCGGUGCCCAGCCCGAGCCAUCACAUCUGGAACCGGGUCCUGGUGGAUGCGCUGGCCGCGAACGGCCACAACCUUACCGUCGUCUCGCCGGACAUCGAGAAGAUCCCGAAAGGGAACAUCACGUACAUUCAUCUGGAGGCGACAUACGAUGCGAUCCACGAGGGGGAAACCGCCAUCGAUUUCUACGAAAUGGCUCAGGCGGGCGUGGUGGAGAGUAUGCGAAUUUUCUACGACUACGCCAUCUCGAUGUGUACCGGGAUUCUGCGAUCCGCGGGCUACAGCACGAUUUCAAACUACCCCCCGGACUACCGGUUCGAUCUGGUCCUGUACGACUACACGUGCGGCCCGUGCCUGAUGGCGCUCUACCACCGGUUCGGUCAGCCACCGCUCGUUGGUGUGACGGCCUUCAACAAUCCGCCCUACUCGACCGAUCUGAUCGGUGGCCACAAGUACUACGCGUACAUUCCGUACUACACCCUGGACUACGAUAGUCGCAUGAACUUUUUCCAGCGCUUCUUCAACGCGGCCAUCCAUUGGAUGGAUCACUUCUACCGUAACUACGUGUUCCUACCCGAAACCGAUCGGAUGGUGCGGCGCCACGAGCAAGACCCGAGAAUACCGUACCUCGGAACGUUGGAUCAGAAAACGAUGCUGAUGCUGGUCAACUCUCACCACGCGGUGGACUUUCCAGAGCCGGUGCCCCAGAACAUGGUGCAAGUCGGUGGCCUUCAGAUAAUCCCACCGAAACCGCUUCCGGCCGAUCUCGAUCGGUUCAUUCGGGGUGGCAAAAAGGGAGCGGUUCUGUUUUCACUUGGCACCAACGUGCUCAGCAAGGAUCUCGGUGCAGACCGGAUCAGAUCGUUCCUGGAAGCGUUCCGCCAGAUGCCGGCGUACAACUUUUUGUGGAAGUUCGAAACCGACCUUCCGUUCGAUCUACCGGCGAACGUGAUGAUCAAAAAGUUUCUCCCGCAGAACGAUAUCCUUGCGCACGGAAGCGUGAAGGGUUUCAUGACGCACGGUGGAUUGCUGAGCACGCACGAGGGCACUUGGCACGGGGUUCCGAUGAUCGGCAUUCCUGUGAUCGCCGACCAAUACCGGAACCUAGCCAAAUCCGUCCGGGCUGGAGUGGCGGAAAAGCUAGACCUGUGGGAUCUCACUACCGACAAUAUACGCAACACGGUGCUGAAGGUGCUGGAGACUCCCAGCUAUCGGCGUGCCGUUAAGGAGCGCUCGGGGCUCUUCCGCGAUCAGACAGAAACACCGCUGGAGCGGGCUGUGUGGUGGAUCGAGUGGGCUCUACGCCACCCGAAUGCGAAAACCAUCCAAUCGCCCACCCUUCAGCUGGGAUCGUGGCGUAGUGAACUGUCUGACGUGAAGCUGUCGAUCGUGCUUGCCAUUUUGUGCAUCGUGUGGGCGCUAAAGCAGGUUGUCAGUGGUCUGUGCUCGAACGCCAAAUCAACCAAACGAAAGGUGCAUUAUCCCAGCCAUCACAUAUGGAACCGUGUGUGGAUCGAGGCGCUGGCCUCGCGAGGGCACAAUUUAACGGUGGUUUCGGCGGACGUGGACCAGAAGCCCCAUCCCAACGUUACAUACAUUCACCUUGAACAGGCGUACACCGAUUUGCAUGACGAGCUUGACCUGUUCGAGAUGGCCGACCGGAGUCCAUUGCUUGGCAUUCGCGAUCUGUACACCUGGGGCUCGGCAAUGUGCUCAGGUGUGCUACGCUCCGACGGUCUUCGCACGAUACGAGCGUACCCGGACGAAUUCCAGUUCGAUCUCGUAAUCGCCGACGUGACCUGCGGGCCGUGUCUGUUUCCGCUCAUACACCGUUUCGGCUAUCCACCCCUGAUUGCCGUGACGGCGUUCAACAAUCCCCAGUUCACAACGGAUUUCGUCGGUGGCCACAAACACUACGCGUACGUGCCGUUUUUCACAGUCAACUAUGAUUCGGACAUGAACAUAUGGCAGCGGUUCUAUAACUGGGUUCUGCACAACGUCGAUCAUUGGUAUCGGCAUCGCGUGUUCCUACCGAAAAUAGAGCGAAUGGUGCGGGAGCACUUUCGUUACGACGGCAUGAUGCCGUUGGAGGAAAUGGAACACCGGACUUACCUGUUGUUGGCAAACUUCCACUACUCCGUCGAUUUCGCCGAAUCCAUUCCGCCGAGUCACAUACCGGUGGGGGGUCUUCAGAUACUGCCCGCAAAGCCACUGUCCGCCGAGCUGACACGGUUCAUUGCCGGCGGUCCGGAAGGGGCGAUCCUUUUCUCGCUCGGUACCAACGUGCGCAGUGCCGACCUAGGCGAGGAGCGUAUCGGGAUGUUUCUCGAAGCGUUUCGGCAGCUGCCGCAGUUCCAUUUCGUGUGGAAGUUCGAGAGCAGCCCAAACUUUUCGAUUCCUCCUAACGUGCUGAUCAAGAGUUUUCUGCCGCAGAACGACAUUCUGGCGCACCCGAAUGUGGUGGCGUUUAUCACACACGGCGGCAUGCUGAGUACGCACGAAGCCACGUGGCACGGAGUUCCGAUGAUUGGCAUUCCGUUCAUCUGCGAUCAAUAUCGGAACCUACAUAAAUCCGUGAUGGCCGGUGUUGCGGUCAGGCUGGAUCAGCGUUCUUUGUCGACGGAGAAAAUCAAACGUGCCGUCCUGGAACUGACCGGCGACACUCGGGACAUACCGGUUAUUCGCACGAUGAAUGCGCAAGUGAUAAGGUUAGCGGUGCUACUGUUGGCGACUGCGCGCUUAGCGCCCGUGGUGCGCGGUGCGAAUAUUCUUUGCAUCAUGACCGUACCGAGCCCUAGCCACCAUAUCUGGAAUCGGGUCGUAAUGGAAGAGCUGGUGGCGCCGGGACACAACGUGACGGUUGUGUCACAGGACGGCGAUAAGUCUCGCACCAAUCUCACCUACAUACUGCUCGAAAAGGUGUAUAGCACCAUGUACCAGGACGAGCAGUUGGAUUUGCUCGAAGUGGCGAAGGAAACACCGGUCCAAUCGCUGUUCACCUUCAAGGAGUUCUACAUGGGCAUGUGCCGAGGCGCGCUGCUAUCCGACGGGUUGAAGGUGAUUCUCAGCUAUCCCGACAGCUUCCGGUUCGAUGUGGUGCUGUACGACUUCGGGUGUGGGCCAUGCCUGUUGCCGCUGCUGCAUAAGUUCCAUUACCCGCCACUGGUCAGCCUUACGCCGUUCAGUAAUCCUCCGUUCUCCGUCUUUGUCGCCGGGGGCCAUAAGCACUAUGCGUACACACCACACUUUUCGCUGCCGUACGCCUCGAAAAUGACCUUUCUGCAAAGGGUUUACAAUACCUUGCUGCAUCUUGCCGAAGCCAGCAUGCGGGAGUUCUACAUUAUGCCCGCGCUUGACACGAUGGUGCGCAAGCACUUUGGCUUCGAAGACAUGCCGUACCUCGGGGAGCUGGAACAGUGCACCGUGGUCAUGCUGCUGAAUACAAACCCCACGUUCGAUUCGCUAGAACCGCUGCCACCGAAUGUGAUCGGUGUUGGUGGUGCCCACAUCAAAGAUCCUGCGCCGUUGCCGGAUGACUUGGAGCUCUUCGUGCAAGGUGCGAAAAAAGGAGCGGUCCUGUUCUCGCUCGGUUCCAACGUAAGAUCGGACACCAUCGGCGAGCACCGUCAGCGAGUGUUCAUUGAAGCUUUCCGCCAAAUGCCGGACUACCACUUCCUGUGGAAAUUCGAGUCGGAACUGAAUAUUCCGCUGCCGCCAAACGUUAUCAUCCGACCGUGGUUACCGCAGAACAGCAUCCUGAAUCAUCCGAAGCUGAAAGCAUUCAUAACCCACUCGGGAGGACUUAGCACACAGGAAGCGAGCUGGUUUGGCGUGCCCCUGAUUGGCAUGCCAAUAUUCAUCGACCAGCAUCGGAAUCUGGCACGAUCGGUAACCGCCGGUGUGGCCGAAAAGCUUGACUUCGCCGCGGUCACAACAGACGACGUACGUCGGACCGUUCUGAAGGUCCUCGAAACUCCUUCGUAUCGCGACAACAUGAAGCAUCGGUCCAUGUACUUCCGGGAUCAACCAGAAACCCCACUUCAACGGGCAGUCUGGUGGGUCGAGUUCGUGGUGCGUCAUCCAACCGUCCAGCAUCUGCGAUCGCCCACACUCGAGCUGGGCACAAUUCGCUCAAAUUUACUUGAUGUCUACGCGUUCUUGGGUGCCAUAGUGCUAAUCGUCCUGUGGUUGAUCCAGUAUUCGGUUAAAAAAUUGCUAUUUCCACACCGACGCGGAAUAACGAAAAGAAAACGCGAAUGAAACCAUGGUCCGAUCACCACUUCGUUGCGAAAAGUAAACAACCAAUAAAGACGACUUUAGG